UGCUACCAAUCAGUGCCACCUAUCAGUGCCAGUCAGUGCUGCCUAUCAGUGCCAUCAGUGCCACCUAUCAGUGUCAGUCAGUGCUGCCUAUCAGUGCCAUGUAUCAGUGCUGCCUUUCAGUGCCCAUCAGUGAUGCCUGUCAAUGCCCAUCAGUGCAACCUACCAGUGCCUCCUCAUCAGUGCCCAUCAGUGCCACCUAUCAGUGUCCAUCAGUGCAGCCUAUCAGUGCCCAUCACUGCAGCCUCGUUAGCGCACAUCAGUGAAGGAGAAAAAUCACUUAUUUACAAAAUUUUAUAA